AUGUCUUGGGCAGCCGGUCGUGAGGUAUACUCUGGAACUGCAUUCACCCAUCAAGCCUCGACAAAGAAAGAGCCGCAUAUCCUAGAGCUCGCUUUGACUACCAGUCUCGAGGCGACCUCCUAG